CUCAGGAACACCGCGCCGAAGGUCGACCCCAACACUCGCUCGUUCCCCAGACCCAGAGACUCUCUCAUCUUCACCGUCGCCCGGCUGCCUCGAAAGUCUGCACUUCUGCGCAUCCGUCUGGGAACUGGACAGUCCCGUGGAUCGCACCACCAUCGUUCUCGAACGCUAGCCUGCCACACCACCCGUGGCUUCCCGGUUUUUACUGGCCUCGUCGACGUCGUCGCGGCAACAACACCAACCUCCACCCACCCUCCACUCGUUACCGGCACCCACGAAUCCCUACAUCUCCAUCGCAUCCUCGGAGCGCAUACUAUCGCUGAGAUUCCUCGACACCGCUGCUGGUUUGGCCUGUCCCACGUAAUCGUACUCUUCACGGGUACCGCGACUCCCUGAAGGCCUCGCCUUCGUCACCACCACCGCAUCUCGACUUCCUCGACCGCCCGCCACCAUGCUGCGCUCGCUAUCCAGAUGGCCCCUUUCCUUCCUCCUCUCCGCCCUCCUCGCCCUCCUCCCCCUGUCAUCCGCCGAGCGGAUAAUACAGUCGAAUUCUCUCAACCCUUGCCAGGCCAACUCGAGCUUCUCCGCCACCCUCUUCAAUGUCGCCUUCACGCCGGACAACAGGACCCUCACCUUCAACAUCGUCGGUGUUUCUGCUAUCGCGGGCAAUGUCUCCAUAGUCGCUGAGGUCUACAUCUACGGCUACAAGGCCAUCACUGAGAAGAUCGACCCUUGCACGCAGGACGCUCUGAAGGGUCUUUGCCCGAUGAACACCGGCUCGAUUACAAUCAACUCCAACUACCCUGAUAUCAGCAAGAGCGUUAUCAAGCAGAUUCCUGGUAUUGCAUACACGGUUCCUGACUUGGACGCCACGAUCAAGGUCUACAUCAACAGCACUGAUACCAACGAGCCGCUUGCCUGUGUGGAAGCCGAACUCUCCAAUGGACAGACUGUGGAUCACAAAGCUGUCGGAUGGGUCACUGCUGUGAUUGCUGGUAUUGGACUAGUAGCAUCCGCCAUCACCUCUGGACUCGGACACUCCAACACUGCCGCUCAUGUCGCUGCCAACGCUCUUUCCCUCUUUGGCUUCUUCCAGUCUCAAGCUAUGUUCGGUAUCACGGCCGUUUCACAGCCGCCGAUUGUCGCCUCGUGGACUCAGAACUUCCAGUGGAGCAUGGGUAUAAUCCGCGUUGGUUUCCUGCAGAAGAUGGCCACCUGGUACCAGCGCUCUACCGGCGGCACCCCCACGACCUACCUUUCUAGUCUCUCGACGACGUCUGUCGAAGUGCAGAAACGCGGCAUCAACAUCGGUCAGCUCGCCACUCGGGCUCUCGGACGUGUCUACUCAAGGAGCAACAGCGCGGCCACCAACGCCGAGAACCAGAACCGUGUCGUUCUUCACGGUAUCAAGCGUGUCGGAUUCCGCGCUAAUAUCGAGAUUACCAACAUCUUCUUUACAGCCUACGCUUUCUUCAUUAUUUUUGUCCUACUGGUUAUUUUCUGUGUCGUCCUCUUCAAGUUCAUCUGCGAAGGUCUCGUUAAGGCUGGAAAGAUGAAGUCCGACAAAUUUACCGAUUUCCGAAAUGGCUGGAAGACUGUUCUCAAGGGGAUCAUGUUCCGCAUUAUCCUUAUUGGUUUCCCUCAGAUGAUUGUCAUUUGCUUCUGGGAGCUUACCGUUAGGGACUCGGCAGCUGAAGUUGUGCUAGCCAUCUUCACCGUCGUCAUCAUGCUCGCAAUCCUCGGAUGGGCAUCCUCCAAGGUCAUUCGCAUUGCACAGCGCUCAAUCCUUAUGCACAAGAACCCCGCCUACAUUCUCUACUCGGAUCCUAUCGCUCUCAACAAGUGGGGUUUUCUCUAUGUUCAGUUCAAGGCCACCGCCUAUUACUUUAUCGUCCCGUUCUUGAUCUACAUUCUCAUCAAGGGAAUGUUCAUCGGUCUUGCGCAGGGAAGUGGCGUCGUUCAGGCUAUUGCGCUUGUCUUGAUCGAGGCCUCGUUCCUCAUCGGCAUCAGUGUCCUCCGACCGUACAUGGACAAGAAGACGAACGGUUUCAACAUAGCGAUUGCAGCUGUCAACUUCCUCAGUUCCAUAUUUAUCCUCGUCUUCAGCAAUGUCUUCAACCAACCAGGUCUCGCAACAGGUAUCAUGGGCGUCAUCUUCUUCGUCUACAACGCUGCAUUCGCUCUCGUCCUUCUCCUUAUGGUUCUCAUAUCCUCCGGAUUUGCGCUCUUCACCAAGAACCCGGACACCCGCUACCACCCGAUGCGUGAUGACCGUGGCUCAUUCAUCAAGUCGCAAACCCAACUUACUACUGAAUUAGAUGCCCUUGGGGCUACAGCCCGCGGCGAGGGCAAGGGUCAACACAGAUCCAGGACUGGCAUCGAUGAUGAUGACGAUUCCCUUAGCUCUGAAUCAAUGGACCGCACCCACCUCGCAACUAAAGAGGGCAACUUUGGAGCCGAGCCACCUCGUAGCCCGAUCAAUCCAUCGAUGCCUCUGUUCCCCAGCCAAGGCGGAAGCCCGCCAGCAGCAGCCCCUAGCGGACCACCGCCAACGUAUUACAACCGAAGCAACGGUGCCAGCCCAGUUCCGCGAGUACAAAGCUCCCACAGCACCAGCGGAAACUCGUAUCAGCAAUAUCCUCGGGCAGGCAGCCUCCGGAGUGAGGCUACUAGCCAAGGGGGCGCUUUCCGGGCACAGAAUAAUUCGAGCCCGUGGCAACGAGGAGCAGGUUAUGAUCAUUGACGCCAGGAGCAGGAGAAGAUCAUCGAUAUGUACGAUGAUCGGGGAGACCGAAGGAGUCGGUAGAGUAGUUGAAAUAUUAUUCGAUCCUCGACAUGGCAUUGGGAUUGGGACGGAAAUAUCAAAUGGCGUACAAAUGCUUUCCCGCAUAGGCCGAUGCCCAGCGGCAUCGGCCCUCGCGCACAUAGUUUCCCUUUAAUGGUUGUCCACCGUCUUGUUUAAGAGGCGUCACGAAAGGCUUUUUUUGUUUUGUUGCUUUUCUUCAAUUGUUUGGUUCGGUGUAUCUUUGUGGUUCUGAAACUUCUUACACUGCAUGCACGGCUGGUAGUUGCCUGUGCUGGAGAUGGAUCAAGGGAUUGCGCAUUAGCUUCUCCUGG